CUAUUCUCGAUUAAAUUUAAUCAAUCCAAUAAUUUCUUUUUCUUUCUAAUUGUUGACAGUUUGUACUAUUCUCGGUUUAACACUUGGGAUAAUGUGAUGAGCUCAUUUAAUCGUUGGAAAGGAUUAACUAUGUUUUCUUUUGGUUUUGUUUACAUUUUCAUUCAAUUGAAAUUGUGAUUGUUUUUGCUUCUUAAUUGUGACUAUUAAUUUGAUUAUCAUAUUGUCAUUUAAUUUAUUUCAUGUACAGUUGAUCAUCUCUCAUGAUGACCAUCUCCAUCUCCACCUCGAUAACUGUUCCAGUGAUAAAUCAAUCAUCAAUUGUUAAUCCAAAGGGAUUAGUCCGAUCAUUGGGCUUAACGUUACUAUUAUUAUUCACUCUGUUGACCAGUUUAAAUAAUGUCCAUGGGAAUCCAGUUCAUCAACUUGAUGACCAUUCAUCUUGCUCGUCCUAUUGUGGUGACCAUUAUCAUUCCCUCAACGAUUGGACUUCUUGUGCUCGAGGAUGUCGUUUCUUUUCACUAAUCCAAAUCCUUGCUAAACCUCAAUCUCUUGAUGCAAUUGAGAAAUCAUGUAUUACUACUUGUAAUGAGACUUACAAUGAGAUACAAUUGAGAAAAUCAUGCUCAAGUGGAUGCAGAAAGUCAACUGAGAUGAUAAACAGUUCCAAGAGUGGACAAAGUAACACUGACCAUCAUCUUCAUUCAUCUGAACAAUGGAUCCACCAUCUUGGAAUAUCACCAUUUGAAGAAACUAUCGAGUCACAACAUCGAGAACUCAUCUGGCCAUUUCACUUUUUCAAUGAUAUUUACAAACAAUUAACUGAUCAAUUAAGCUCAUCAUCUAACUGGAUUAAAUCUCGAUCAAGUUACACUUUACUAUUUGGUGACAGUUCAAAUGGUCGACAAAUUUUCCUUGUACGAGCUCGACCUCAUCUCACAAUCGAUCCAACAUCGUCAAGUCUUUCACACUCCAGUCUGUCAAUCAAUCCAAUUCACGAACAAAGUACAUUCCGAGUAAUCGCUUUCCCAUCGUCAUCACCUUCCUCAUCUUCAUCUUCAUCCCAUCUAAAUAAACCGAUCAAAAUUUCCUCCUCCACAUCAUCAUCAUCAUCAAUUGUCUCUCCAUUGUCCCAUAAUUAUCAAACUGACCAGAGUCAAACAUUCACUCGAUGGGUCAGCGAUAAAAGUUCAACCGUUUUCAAAGAUCUUCGACUAUUAAUGGCUCUUUUAUUGGCCAUUGUGGUUCUUUCCAUCGUAACCUUCAGCGAAGCCCUUUGCUGGACAGCCGAUGGACGCAAUAAAGACAAUCUGACCCCACCAACAGAAAUCGAGACCAAUGAUCAAGAGAAAAGUGACCCGAGCGGAACAUCACCUUUCUUUAUAUUAAACAGUUCGAAACAAAGCAAAGAAGCCGAAGCCAAUGGAUCUACCACCGAGGAAGUUAAAACUGAUCAGAUAAUCGAAGCAGAAUCUGAACAACCUCCCACCUACGAUGAAACAAUUAAAACAUCAGCUCUUAAUUUAGAAUCGUUAGUUUCCUCUCGAGAAUCGAAGGCUUAAAAAGCACAAUCAAAGGGAAAAGUUAAUUAAUCAACUAUAAUCAAUUUCCUUCAUCGGACAUUCACCAAUGCAUUUAACUAAUUACGAUCUAAUCACAUCAUUUCCCCUCCCUUUUAAUCAUUGUUUACCUUCAGUUAAUAUAAUUAAUAAUUGUUACUAAUUAGAAAUGAUUACAAACAAAAAAAAAUGAUCAAUAUUAACUCAGGAAAAAGGAAAGAGGAUUAAUUAAUAAGUUAAUUACUGAAUUCAAAGUCACGUUGGAAAAGUUAAUUCAGUUUGAAAAUUUAACGGGAACAAUAAUGAUAAUCAACGCUGAUAAUGAUGACAAGGUGAAACCAGAAUCAGAAUUUAUUAAAGGUCAUCUUGAGGUGACCUACUCAUAAUUAGAUUCUGAUGAAACUGAUUCCCGCCAAAACAAUCAAAUGAAUUACUGGGUGACAAAUAACACCUUGUUUUUUUUAAAUACCCUGUAACUUUAUCUCUCAUUCAAACCUAAUAAUUUUAGUAACAAAUUAAACACUAGACUUGUGAGUUA